AAGAUCCCGCGCGCUCACCCGGGGGGGGAAACAUGUUGGAACGGGCCAGCCCGUGCGGAAGUGGAGCUCUUGGUUGGUGGAAGCCACUUCCGCUUCCGUUUUCUGGACCAGGUCUCGGGGGGUGCAGCGGCUGCUAGUCUUCUCUUUGCUGCCAUGACAGCCACUCUGCGCCCUUACCUCAAUGCAGUGCGUGCCACCCUGCAGGCUGCCUUGUGCCUGGAGAACUUCUCCUCCCAGGUGGUCGAGAGGCACAACAAACCCGAGGUGGAAGUCAGAAGCAGCAAAGAACUCCUCUUGCAGCCUGUGAUCAUUAGCAGGAAUGAGAAAGAGAAAGUCUUAAUUGAAGGUUCUAUCAACUCUGUGCGAGUUAGCAUUGCUGUGAAACAGGCCGAUGAGAUUGAGAAAAUUCUAUGUCACAAAUUUAUGCGGUUCAUGAUGAUGAGAGCAGAAAACUUCUUCAUUUUACGUCGGAAACCAGUUGAGGGCUAUGACAUCAGCUUCUUGAUCACAAAUUUCCAUACAGAGCAGAUGUACAAACACAAGCUGGUGGACUUUGUCAUUCAUUUUAUGGAAGAAAUUGACAAGGAAAUCAGUGAAAUGAAGCUGUCAGUCAAUGCUAGGGCUCGCAUUGUGGCAGAAGAGUUCCUUAAGAAUUUCUAGACCAAGGACUGGAAUCCACAGCUUUGCUUUCUCAUCCUCUCUGCCCCGCUACCUUAGGGUAGCUACAGAGAGGCCACAGCUCAGGAGUGAAAUGAGAAGCGGCUAGACCUGCGAGGGCUGCCCCCAGCUGCUCACCGUUCUCGCCAGUGUGCCCGGGGUCGGGAGGAGGGGAGGGGGAGGGGUGCUUUUUAAUAUUUUUGAAACAAAACUGUGCUUGUAUAAGAUUGUGUUGACUUGAUAUUCUUUUUUUUUUUUUAAAUACAUGAUCACUUGCUGUAAUUUGUCUCCCUGAAUGUACUAGCGGAGAAGGUGGGAUUGGUUGCUCUAGCAACCCUCUUGCAGAAGUUGCUAGGGGGAGUUCCAGUUCAGUGAUGUGCAUGCAAAAAAAAGAUUUGCCUGCAAUCUCUGACAAAAAAUAAAUAAAAAAUUCCUGCCAUUUUCUGUACUGCGUGGACCAGAGGGGGGAAAAAAAAGAAAAAAGGACCUGGACCAUUUCUGUCAUUUGACGAGUCGAUGUUCAGUCUUGGAGCCUUUUGUUCAGAGGUGAUUGCUGGAUGACUACCUUGGUCCACCUUCCCAAUGAUGUGUAAGGGUCAUGAUUGCAGGCAAGUUGGGUGUUGUGAACAGCAACCCUUUUGUGCCAAGUCACUCCAUAACCUGGAGAAAGUGCUCUUUCCCCGUCCAUCUUUCCCACCCCUAAUAGGGAUCAGAGCAUUCUGAACACUGCACUGCCUCCUGAUUCUGCCCUUAGUUUCCCUUUCCAUACCUGUGCCAGAAGGAACGGGGA